GUAACACGGGACUCACUUCAUUCUUUAACUAAAACUCAGAACUUCAGCAUAAUUGAAGCAAAGCCAGCGAUCCUGUGGGCGGUUCAGUUGGGAGACAGGAAUGGGUCAGUGUGGAGGCAAGGGGGGAGGGACGGUUAGUGUGGAGGGGUGGAGAUGAGAGAGGGAGAGUCAGUGUGGAAUGGGGAAGGGUCAGGAGUGAGGGUCAGUGUGGAAUGAGUGAGUGAAUGAGGUUCAUCAUAGAGGGAGGGGUUCAGUCUGGAAGUGUCAGUUGGAAGGAGAGGGGAUCAGUUUGGAUGAGGGAGAAGGGGGUCGAAUGGAGGACAAAUGGAGGGGAGGUCAAUGUGAGCGAUAGGGUCCCAGGUCUCCGCCGAGGUCCCCCCGGGUCCCCGUGGGUUCCAGGGACAGACGUUCGGCGGCCGGUCUGUGACGCGGGGAAACGGGCUCCGAAUGGUGGUGGCUUUGGAAAUCAACGGCAGCGGAGCCGGAGCCGCACACCCCGGCCAUGCCCAGCCCCGGGCUCUCCGCCCGCUCCUGCCUGCGCCUCUCUCUCCUCCUGCUCUUUCUGGGCACAGACGCCCCCGACCUCGACCCGCAAGAUCCGUACCAGAAUGAAUGCAAUUACAGGAAGAUUUUUUGCCACGAGAAAGCGAAUUGUAGGCUGGACGAGGUGACCCAGCUAUUUUACUGUCAAUGUCUGCCUGGAUAUACUGGUGAUGGAAUUAACAACUGCCAGGAACCUUUGGGGCUGAUCUCGGUGUCUGAUCUGAAAAGCUGCAGCAGCACAGAACUCCAAACCUGCCUGAUAACAAAACCCGUUGGAGGAAAUGUCACCUUCAGUGUCUCUGCCUCCGGUUACGAACUGGAGCACAUUGCUUGGUUUAAAUUUUAUGCUUCUCAAGGACCAAUUUUUCACAGUUAUAGGAGAAGGCUAACUCCGCCUGCUGAGCUUCUUCCUGGGAUUCUUCUCAAGAACCACAACCUAGCCCUGGAACUGGUCAAUAUCAGUGAGGAUGAUUUCUACCCCAACAAGUUUUGGGUCGAAUUUGAAGCUGAGAUUUCCAAACGGGUGGACAGUUCCAUAGAGGCGUAUGAUGACCUCCCUUUUGAGUUACUAAAUCCAUCACGGGUCCGCUACUACUUCAUUCUGGACAGCCCUUCAAUUGAUAUUGGACAGUAUUUAACAGGAGAUAUGGUCCGAAUGCAUAUUUCACCCUACUUUGCGAUAUCGGAUACAGCAUUUGUUCGCUGGUCACAGGAGUCGUCUAAACUUUCACAGUUUAAAGCGAAUGUCAGUGUUUUAGCUGAAGGUGCGGAGGGCAUUACAAUCAAUGGGAUCAGGGACGAUGAAUUUGGCAAUGUCCGUACAGUUGUUUAUGACUUUACAGAGCAAGUCCCCGGGAAGGUUAUGAUAGCGCAAAGGCUGUUUAAUAUCAGAAAAGACAUAACGAAGACGUGUGUGGGGAGCAUUAGAAGCAUCCACAGCUGUAAAUGUAACAAGGGCUUUGAAGGAAAUGGUGUUCACUGCAUGGAUAUUAAUGAAUGCUCAGGAAACCUGAGCUCCAACUGCCUCCCGGGCGCUACAUGCAUUAACAUCUACGGCUCGUACAAGUGUCAGUGUGAGAAGGGAUUCGAUGGAGACGGCAUAACUUCCUGCAUCGACAAAGAUGAGUGUGUCACGGAGCAAACCGCCUGCAGCCCCAGCGCCUUCUGCAUCAACACCCUGGGCUCCUUCCAGUGCGUUUGCCAGUCUGGACAUAUCGGUGAUGGAGUUCACUGCGUGGCCACCAGCAUCUGGACACCCUGGUCCCCGUGGUCAGUCUGCACGGCAUCCUGCGGGUUGCAGAACAAAAUGCGGAUUCGUAUGUGCACGCACCCGGAGAGUGGAAUGCGCUGCGAGGGACCCUCGGCUGAGCUGGUGGAAUGCGGGAUGCUCCGCCCGUGCCCAGUGAACGGGAAGUGGUCGGACUGGUCUCCGUGGUCCCCCUGCACGUCCUCCUGCUCCGGCAUCAAGAAACGGGUCCGCGUCUGUGACAACCCCACUCCCAGCAACGGUGGCCUCCUCUGCACUGGUUCCUUCGAGCAGGCCAUGCCCUGUGAAAGCCCGGACUGCCCAGUCACUGGGUUCUGGGCACCGUGGACACCGUGGAGCCCUUGCCCGGUCAGCUGUGGCAUUGCAUUCAUGAAACGUUCACGGUUCUGCAACGCCGUGUUUUCCAAGAAAGCUACGACUUAUUGCCAGGGGCAUAAUCAAGAGGAAAGGUCGUGCGGCUUUCCGGUUGAUUACUGCAAAUAUCUGACCCAACCUACAGACUCUGUCUUAACAGGAAAAUGGACGUAAGGGUGUGUUCACACACUGUUCAGCAUUGCCGACCAUCUGCUGGUAUUUCAUAUACCUCCAGGGUACAGCACUGCAUCCCAGGCUGGAUUUUUGUAAAUGUAUUGUUUAUAUAUUAAACGGCCGCAGUCUUGAA